AGUGAUAGAUUCGCCCAUGCAUGUGACAUAACCAAUCAUCUGGAGCUCUGGAGCCGAUUUCGGCUUCCGGGUUGUAUUUGGAGUGUGGGGAGACCGACUGAUCGCACGCGCUCGUAGCGUGGACGGGGCGCGAGAGCACAGAAUCACUUUUACUACAGACAAUAAAAGUGUGUAAUCAUGCCUACUGUCAGUCAGAAUGCUCUGUUCGGGAUGGGGAAUCCGCUGCUGGACAUCUCUGCAGUGGUGGAUAAGGAUUUUCUGGAUAAGUAUGGAUUGAAGCCCAAUGAUCAGAUCCUGGCAGAGGAGAAACAUAAAGCUUUGUUUGAUGAGAUCGUGAAUAAGAGUAAAGUGGAGUAUCAUGCUGGUGGAUCCACACAGAACUCUGUCAAAAUCGCUCAGUGGAUGAUCCAGGAGCCGCAUAAGGUGGCCACGUUCUUCGGCUGUAUCGGUACGGAUCACUUUGGCGAGAUUCUGAAGCAGAAAGCGGCUGAAGCUCAUGUUGAUGCUCAUUAUUAUGAACAAAGUCAAGAACCGACAGGAACGUGUGCGGCCUGCAUUACUGGAGACAACAGGUCUCUGGUUGCAAACCUGGCAGCAGCGAACUGCUAUAAUAAAGAGAAACAUCUGGAUGUCGACAGCAACUGGAGUCUGGUGGAGAAAGCUCAAGUUUACUACAUCGCAGGUUUUUUCCUGACCGUGUCUCCAGAGUCCAUCCUCAAAGUCGCCAAACACGCAUCUUUCAACAACAAGAUCUUCGGUCUCAACCUCUCGGCCCCCUUCAUCAGCCAGUUCUUCAAAGAGCCGCUGAUGAAGGUCAUGCCGUACGUUGACAUCAUCUUCGGAAACGAGACGGAAGCUGCUACAUUUGCGAAGGAGCAGGGCUUUGAGACAGAAGACAUCGCUGAGAUCGCGCGGAGGGUUCAGUCUCUGCCCAAAUUCAAUAAGAACAGGCAGAGGAUUGUGGUCUUCACUCAGGGCAGAGAGGACACGGUGGCCACUGUGGGUGAUAAAGUGAAAGUGUUUCCCGUUUUAGACAUCGACCAGAACGACAUUGUGGACACUAAUGGCGCUGGUGACGCUUUUGUGGGAGGAUUCCUGUCGGAGUUGGUUCAGGAAAAGCCGUUGGAAGAGUGUAUCCCUGCAGGUCACUACGCAGCCAAUGUUAUCAUCCGGCGGGUGGGCUGCACCUUCCCUGAAAAACCUGAUUUCCAAUAACUCACUCACAUCCUCUCGUACCCGAUCCCAAUAUGGAAUCUUUCCAUCUCAUCUUUCUUUUGCUGAAAUUCCAGCAACACAACCUGCGUGCCUCUACAUUCGUUUACACACAUUUCCUGUAAAACGGGCAUUUAUCAGGAUUGCGACGACCACAUUACGUACACUCCGAUGAAUUUGUGUUAAAGUACGAAUUGUCUUUGAUCUGUUUUUUAUGCUACAUUGCAAUAUAAUUCUAUAUUUAAUCUAUUAAAGAUCCAUAUCAUUUUAACUAAGUGCAUUUAUAAUUUCAAAAAUAAUAGUCGUAAAUUAAAUUAACAAGUUUAUAAUAUAAUGGAAUUUUUGCCUAGCACGUUUUUGUCUUUCAGGUCUACGUUAUUAUGAAAUACCAAAUUGUAUCUUAAACGCACAAUGUUUGAAUAUGCAUAAGCUGUAUCUGAUGUGGGAGCAUUUUUCCACUUGCUCUUUCCGCUUCUGGAACAUGACCGUUCAUCUGACCAGUCUAAUAAAAAGAUUUUAAUUGUU